AUGCCGGAUGUGCCUCACGGCGCUGGGGCCCCUCUCCCAGCAGAAGUCGACACCUUCUUCACACGCAUCGCUACCCACCUAGGUGGCACCACUUCUGACACUAGCCCCGACCUAAUAAUUAAAGACGCCUUGUCGGCUAUCCAAGCCGCUCUCUCCUCCUCUAGUACCAAACAAAUUCCUGUCCCAGCAGAAGUCUUUAGCUUCUUCCACCGCGUCGCUAUCCUCCUAUUGAACACCACAGAUACCAAAGUCUUCACCUUCUUACACCACGUAGCUACCCAUCGAUCCGGCACCACGGAAUCCAGCGUCGACUCUAUAAUUCAACUCGCUCUUUCUGCCACGUUCGCCGCCCUUGCGUACACAGAGUCCCUAGCCCAUCAAACCACCGAAGAAAUCCUCCGUUUACAAGCCCUUGUGAAUGAGCUAAAACGAAGUAACAAUUCUGUUGUCAAAGAGCUAGGGAUAGUGAAAAGCGAACUGGAAGCAAAAGAGCUGGAAGCGUUGGAAGAGAAGAAAAAGACAGAAGAAGAGAGGAAUAGUCAAAAGAAAGCAUUAGAAAGUGAGAAAAAGAGAGGCAGGGACUUGAAAUCACAGGUUGAUGAAUCAAAGCGCGACUUGGCCGAGUGUCGAGAUUAUCAGACAGCAGCUAGGUUCGAAAAAGAAGCAGAGUUCAAUGCGCUCGUCCUCAAACUGUCUCAAACAGAAAUCGCAGUCCAAGACUUGAAAGCUGAGUACGAUAAGAGUAAUAUCAUCACGCGGGCCGACUGCCAGAAGUUGAGCGAGGAGAAGGAUCGUGUCAAUAAGGAGAGGAUGGAAGAUUUGCAGGCUGAUAUCAAGGUCUUGGAAUCUAAGCUGGAGAAGACUGAGAAAUCGGGUAUAAAGGCAGCUGUAGUUAGUCAACAGAGGGAAGAGAAACUUAAACAGUUUGAAGAGAAGGUGACUGAGCUGCAACAUGCAUUUGAGACGGUACAAGCUGAUGGGGCGGCAAAAGGACUGAUUACUCAGGAGGAAUGUUCGGCGCAAAACAAUUCGGCAAUUGAGAAGCUAGAGGGAGAGAUUCGGAGAUUGAAGAGCGAAGCAAAGAACUAUGCUGAAGCAAGUGAAAAGGCAUGGAAGUAUGCCGCCGACGAGGAGACGAAGCGGAAAGAGAUACAAGGACAGCUUCAAGCUCUCAAAGCCGAGAAGGACCUCCUUGCCGAGAAAGCGGAAUCAUUGACUCGAGAGGCGGCGAGCAAGAAUUUGAGGAAAGAGGUCGAAAAUCUCAAGGAAGAAGUCGAGAAUGUUAAUCAUGAUCCGAAGCAGACCGCGGAGUUGAAAGAAGCUGCACAAGAGACAACAGCUGUGGACUCGAAUAGCAUCUCGGUCGAGGACUGUGAGAGCCAAAAAACGGUCUUUGGCGAGACGCUCGAGAUUGAAAAGCAUGCACUGCAAUCAGAGAUCGCAGACCUUAAGGUCAAGCCCAAUGCUUACGAAGACGCCGAUACGAUAUCUCGCAGAAACUAUAACGAGGAGAAGUCUCGAGAGAGUAGUGAAGUGCGCCACCAAAUUGAACCUCUCCAGACGCAUAACCAAGAAGCAGAAAAUCAUGGCAGGGCUCUUGAAGAUCGCAUCCAGCAGUGUGAAGAAACGAACAGAGAUCUUCGCGACAAGAUCAAAUCCCUCCAGUCUGAGCUCCAAGCAUAUCACGAAUCCAGAAGACGCCCAGCUACACCUCCAACAGCCACGCUCAAAGAACGCAUUGCCGCACUCGACGCUCGCGUGACCGAAGUCAACAAGGUAGUCGAGUCCCAAGCAGCUGAAUUGAGCAAACGUGGGAUCUCGAGUAACGUCCAACAGAUGCGGCAUCUUGAUUUAAAGAACGGGCGAUUGAUCGAGGAAGUGGCGAGACUGGAAGACGCUCUUCAAAAGGCGAGAAACAGGAAGGUGGCUAGUCCGUAUACGAGUUUUGACGAGAAGGAUGCGAAGAUUGAGGAGCUCACGCGUGGUGUGGGGUAUCUGAAUGAGAGUGUAGAUUACCACUUCCGACAGGCGAAUCUUAUUAAUAUUCAGUAUGGGAGACUUCUUGGGAAGAAGACUAAGUUAGAGGAGAGGUUGAAAAAGAUGGAAGAGAAGGUGGAGAACAUGAAGAAGGGUAGUAGUAAGAGAGCGAGGAAGGAUAGAGCGAAGAAGGGGAUCGAAAUCAAUAUGCCUGCUCAAGCAGCUGCUAGACAGGCUGGAAACAUUUCCUCCCCAACCACUGUGGAAAGGUAA